GCCAGUUCUGUGGUAAAGCGUGACGUCGGCACUGCCAGCGUGGAACGCACGUCGCGCACGAGUCCAGGAAGUAAAUUGUCCGGUUCAUUCUACGGGAUACAGACAGAAGUGUGAGCAGUGAAUACGUGUCAAAGUCAAAUAUUUCAGUACGCUUUCUCGAAGGGCCAUCGCGGCGUUUCCUUGCCACGGAUUUUCGGCAUCUUCUGUUCGGCUUUCAGCCGUGAGCAGUGAAGCACACACACACCUAUACAUUGACCUUUGAUGAUGUUGGACUCCGCGCUGGCUCAAGUGGGCAAAAAUCUGAGUGAAGCCAUGAGGCUCCUGGGGGAUGGACAGAGAGAGCUGGAGACAGGAACAGAGAGGCAGUAUUUCAUCAGAACCAGCAUCCCUGGACCCCUGCAGGGAGAUGGUCAGGAUGUUGCCACGAUAUUGCACUUAGUUCACAACCUCAUUCAUGAUGACGAAGAGAAAGAGGACAUGCCCAGCCAACAGAUGCAGAAUGUGGGUGAACAGGGUCAGAUGGCAUUGUUGGGUCACAGCCUGGCAGCCUACAUUUCAGUGUUGGACAGAGAGCGACUACGGAAGCUGACCACUCGCAUCCUCUCUGACACCACACUGUGGCUCUGCAGACUGUUCAGUGUCAACCUGGCAACCCUGGCACUGGGUCAGGUCACCUCUGCUAUCAUGGCAGCCACCAGAAGUGAUAGUAUGACAUUAACACCAGGUCAGUGGCUGGGACUACCUGCUGUAACCGCUGUCACCCUCUACAGACAUGAGGACCCAGCACUAUCUCUGGCAGCAGGUUUGACCUCCAGCCAGCCUGUGGAGAAACUGCGAGCGCUGCCUCUCUGGCUCUCCCUGCAGUACCUCGGUCACAAUGGAAUUGUCCAAAAGAUCAAACACACCACAGCUUUGAGCCAGCAACUCCUGCACAAACUCAAAUCUCUGGCCUCUAUCAAAACAUCGGUGGAGGAUGAACUCAACUCUCCUGUGGUGCUGUUCAAGUUUUCUCAAGAAAUUAGUGCUGCAUCCAGUCGGGGCUCAAUGGAGGGUUACUGUGCUGGGGAGAAAGAGGUUCUUGAUGCCUUCAACAAAUGGCUGGGUGAACAGCUAGCCCAGUUGGUUCCCACCAGUGGAGUAGAUGUGGUGGAGCUUGAAGAUGAAGGUACCUGUGUUCGCUUCAGCCCCCUCCUGACUGCUGCAGUCCUGGGGACCCAGCUGGAAGAUGUUGAGGACCUGGUGGAGAAGCUAACAGAGCUUGUGCCUGUGAUGAGCUCCACAAUGUGCCUCAGACAGGACUUCAAGGAGGAGACCCACCGACACUCAGCCACGCUCAGAUACAUAGAGGAGCUCAGCUGGCCUGGCCUGGGAGCUGUCCGGUAUGAGCCACAGAAUGAAAGAAUGGAUGAGAGCAAGAGGAAGCAGGAACUGGAAAAAAUUAACACUGAGCUGCUGAAGAAACUACAAGACCUUGACACUGACAUCAUCUUCUCCACUGGUCCUGAGUUUGGGACAGAGGAGGCGUGUAUCUUUGUGGGCAUGGUGACUGAGGACAUUGAUGUUUCAGAGCUAGUGGAUACAAUAGCUGCCCUGGGGAGGGACAUAGAGGAGAGCGGAAGGCUUUUGGAGAACAUGACAGAGGUGGUGAGGAAAGGCAUCCUGGAGGCAGAGCUGCAGCUACAAAAGGCCAAUGAGGAGAAACUCAUGGAAGAGGGGAUGCUGAGACAGCUUCCUCUGGUUGGCUCUGUUUUAAACUGGUUCUCUCCAGUUCAAAGCUCCAUAAAGGGAAAAACGUUUAACCUGGCUGCAGGUUCCCUGGACUCCACAGAGGUGACAUACUCCACCAAGGCCCAGGCAGGCAGGCCGUCCCUGCAAGACACUUCCAUCUCUUCAUCAAAGAGACAGCCAGGUCAGAUGCUAUUCCGGCGCUCAGGGGCAAGGUCUGACUCCUUUAGUGAGACCAGCUCUAUUGGACAAGCUGAUGAGAUGACCAGGGAGGAGAGUACCACUGUGAGCAGUAGCAUCCACCCUCCCACCUGUCCACCCGCACCAAAGGAGGACUCGCACACUGUAACUGAUGUCUCACCCGAGAAAAUCCAGGAGUCUUCUGAGCAGGUGUACACCCAUGUGGAGACUGAGGAGUCCUCAGAGAAGAGCCAACCUGAAGGCCAAGAGGUUGAGCAGAGCGGGACAUAGGAUGGCACUCUGUGCAGGUGUCUUCCAACCGUCCUCUAAAUGGUACCAGCCUAACAGAUGCUUUAAAAAAGGCAUUAUUGCAUUGUACUCUUCCAGUUUUGAAGGGAAAACUGAUGGAUCUAGAUCGGGUUGUUUGUCUCCAUCUUGUGUUUCAGGACAGCAAGGAUGUCAAAGUUAAUGGAAAAAUCCACCCUUGGAUAAAUUUACAUUGUGUCCAGUGCAUUCUACUUAUUUAGUGACAGUGUUUUAAUAUGUUAUUUUUGCUCUGCCUGUGGCUUAGAACUUCUCCCACAUUUUUCAGAAUGCCUUUUAGUCACACCUAAAAAGGGACAUCAGCAUUUUGUUUUCAUUCAAAUGUUUAUUGGCAUACAUAAAACUUAGUGAAAUGAGCAGUUAUGGGUGAAUUGCAUUAUGGCCUGUUGAGGCUACUGUCUGGGGAGAAACAGCUAUACUGUGUCUGCCUCUACUGUAGUCAGUUUCCCCGUGUAUGAUUGUUGGCUUUUCAUUGAUGUUUUAUGUUGAUGAAAAAUGUUCUGCUGUCAAACUCCUUUGUAGCUGCACAAAAAAUAUCUCCACAGUGUCAUGACAUGACUCAUGUCAUCUCUGAUUGGCUCUUCGUUCAAGAAUAUGCUUAACAACAAAUGGAGCAUUAGUGAUUUUGGGUGGAUUUUUCCUUAAAACAUAGGAUGGAAUAGAGUUCACAUUCAGCCCAGCUUUGUGUUGAUUUUUACACUCAUCUGUCUGUCAGUUGAUGACUUUGCAUGUCCUGUUGUAUUAUAGAGCAGAGGAGUGGCCAUAUUGCACACAGAAUUUUUUUAGAUUUAAGGAGAAAUAAUGAUUGGUUAAUACUCCAUUCACUUGAGCACUCAACUAGAAAUAAAGUAGCUCAACAUUAAAGCAAUGAGUGUCGCUGCAAUUAAAAUGUUAAAUUCCUCACUGUAAAUAAUCUACAUGCAAAUUGUAUCUAACUUGCCAAAUUACUCACUAAAAUAAUUUAUAAUAAAAUAAAUCUGUAUAGGAAGAGUAGAAUAUCAUCAUUUAUUGAAUUAAAAAUGGCUACUAAUAAUUCCAGUCAACAGCUUCCAAGCUUCAAACGUUCAAUUCAUGUGUGCACUGACCUACAAUAUUAUCAAAAUCUUACAUAAAAAAUAAAGCCCAAAUAUUUUGAGAAGUCAGAAUGUUAUGAAAAUUGUCACAAUUUUAAGAAAAAAGUCAAAAAAUUAUAAGAAUAAAGCCAUAGUUUUCCAAUAGAGAAGUCACAAUAUUGCAAAAUAAAGUUAUAAUUUUUCAAGAAAAAGUCACGAUAUUAGAAGAUAAAGCCAUAAUCUUACAAGAAAAAGUUAUGUUUUGAGAUUAUAUUGUAAUUUUAUGAGGAAAAACAUUAUAGAAUUAAAAGAGUAAUUUGUAAAUCUAUGAAAAAAUGUCACAUGAUAAAGUUGUAAUUUUGUGAAAAAAACAUUCUAAUACAAGAUAAAUUGUAAUUUUACAGUAAUUGGUCAUAUAAAAAUUUCCGAUGUUACUUUACAAAAAGAAAAGUCAUUGCAAGAUGUUAUAAGAUAAAGAUGUCAUUUUAUAAGCAAAAGUAUGAAAUAAAGUCAUAAUUUUACAAGAAGAGGUCACAUUACAAGAAAGUUGUAAUUUUACAAGAAAAAGGUCAUUAUGAGAAUAAAGUCAUAUUUCGAGAAAUAGAUUUUAGAUUGGAGAACAACAAAAUUUUGCAUUUUUGGACUGGGUAGAGUAGAUCAAUUUUGCAUCAUGCCCUGCCUAAUCAUGCCCUGCCUAAUUGUACACACAUACAGUUACUAUUUUUCCUGGCAAAAGACUUGUGUUUUGACUACAAUCAUUUUCCUAGCAAUAUACAGCUCUGUUCUCUGUGUCCUACUGUAGCUAAAUACAGUAUGUUACUUCCUCUGCUUGACCAUAUGAAUUUCUCUCUGCUAAAGGUUAAGACUGAGCUAGGCAAAAUAACAGCAGAGCUUAAAAGUUCACUCUUUGCACUGCAUAUGUCAUUGCACAGAUAUCAUGUAACUAAUAUCAUUUCAUUUCAGUGUCCUUAAAUAUGUAUUAAGGUGCUUAGUGGUGAAACCUAAAAUCUUAAGAUCAUCCAUAUUCCUCAUUUUGUAAAUGUAAGUACACAUACUGUUCUCUGUUUACUACAAUGGAGUAUUAAAAUAUAUCUUUUAACAUUACUAGCUUAUCCUCAAAAUCAUCAUCAAAGUUUUUUUUGUAAAAUUACGACAUUGUUCCCAUAAUAUCACAACCUUUUCUCCUAAAAGUACAACUCAUAAUUUGACUGUUAUCUUGAAAUUAUGUCUUUUUGUCAAAAUAUUAAGCCCAUUCUCAAAAUCUCAUAAUUCUUUUAUAACAGUGGUCCUAGUACUCUGUCGUACAAAAUUAGCUCCAGGUACAGCUUUGCAAAUCAGAAUCAGAUUCCCUUUACAAAUACACAUAUAGCUGGGGUCAGGGUAAUAUAAAUUUUUAAUUUUUAUUCAAAUGUCUUAUUUUUGUCAGUAAUGCAACUUGAGCAAAAAGUGGCCUUCUGUCACAAAGGAGUAUUGCUUGGCAUGUAUUUACUUCAUGUGGAAUAUUUCCUUUCUUUGCCGAAAACAUCCUGCCAGACCUCAGUCGAACUACUUCCUGACCUGGAUUACCCUUUAAAUAUUUGAGUUUCAUAUGAGAGGGCCAAACAGGUGGGGGGUUUUUUUGUUUGUUUGUUUUGUUUUUCUCUUUUUUUCUUGAACAACUUUUUUGAACAACUCAGUUGUUUCUGCUAGGCUUUGAAAUUCACCCACCAAACACUAAUAUCCCAUCUUUUGCUCUUGUCCAUUUGAUAUCCUUUGGUAUAAAUAAUCACAGGCAGCACAGGCUGAUUAUGAGCAUUUUGUGUGCACUUUAUUAACGUUCCUUAUAAAACAUUCAGUUUUACAUGACUGUAGAUUACUUUUUAGUGUGUCUAUCAAACCAGGACAAUUUCACAGACAAUUUUAGGGGAGAUCCUGAAGACUCCUACACACUGUGUGGUUUCGUGCUGUCCCAGAUUAAAGUCAAUCAAUCAUAAGAGAAAUGUGGUGUUCAAUUCAAAUGAUGGUACUAGAUCUCACUGUGAGACACAUCCACUAAAGACCAAUUUGAGCUUUGGAAACCAAAGACAGCCUCUUUCAAAAUUCUGACAGGAUCAAAACUAUAGGAGCAAAUUCUCCCAGUGUAACUGCUGCCAUGACCCAUGUCUACAAACCAGACAAUCAGAAUACAGUAUGAAAUGACACAAAGCACUGUCCAACAAAACGUUGUAACUGCCCGGAAACAUGCCCUCAAUACUGAUAUUAUACUGUACAGUUUGACACAGGUUGUGACGAAGAUUGUAAUAGACCAUCUCACAAGGUAUAACCUGUAACAAACCGGUAAGAUCACUAUUAUUGCAGAUUGUGUAGGGGCCUUAAUGUAUCACUGACAGUGAUGGAAAUUGUUCGGAAAUUUAUUUUGGCAAGGAAAACGUGGGAAUAACAGGGAAUGGAAGUGUGUCAUGAAUGCACACCUACUAUGAAACUGUGAUGGGAACUUGCAAAGCAUGGAAAACUUCUGUAAACAAUAUGAUCAACAGCUUCUCAUCAGUGAGGGAUUAUUAUUGUUUUAUAUACCAUUUGGAAUUGAAUGGCAGUGAAUGAGCCUCAAUAGUUGUGGCAGAAAUUGUUUAGAAUUUGCUCUCAUGGUGGUACCUCAAUGUAAAAACAACAUUAAAUCAAAUGGAAAAUGUGUAACAAUGAAAGCCAAAAAACACAUUUGGCCAGACUUGUCCUUAAGUACUUUGAGCUAGGUACUGUUGGAACAUUUACUGUAAAGAGUUAUAAAAGGUUUUGAUUAAAUACAAUGGUUUAAUAAGGAAUUACCACAGUGGAAAUGAAGAUUAAAAAUGGAUUUCAGCUUUAUUGCACUUGUUCUGCAGAUAAUUACUUUACUACCUUUCUUCAUUUAAUUUCUUAUAUGGCGUAAAAGAAGCAGAAUUUUCUUAAUGAUUAUUUUUGUUAUGUGAUUAUAAUGCAAAGUAAAGUCACUAAUUUCUAUCCUUACAAGAACAUGUUUGAUGAAGAACUUUUGAUUUAAUAUGAAAUGUCCUGAACAAUCCUGCCUCUGUCUCUGUCUGAAUGACUGAUUUAAUAAGCAGAAUCCUUUCUCUUGAAUGUUUUCUACAAUUAGUUUACAAUACAGAAACACAUUGACAUGUUUUGUGUAAAUUCUCUCAACAGAUUAAAUUCUAAGUUUUCUAGUCUUAAUGUAAGGCCAUGGCUUUC